AUGUCUGUUUUAGGCAACGUGAAGCUGUACAUAAAAUCGGAACCUGUUCCACAGUUUGAUGCUGGACCGGUCAAAACGGUUGUUGGUUCGACAUUCAGGAAGAUCGUUCUCGACGAAACUAAGGACGUUCUGAUUGAACUGUACGCGCCUUGGUGUGGUCAUUGCAAGGCUUUGGAGCCGGUGUACAAGGAACUGGCUACCCAGUUGCGUUCUGAUGCCAAUUUGGUCAUUGCCAAGAUGAAUGCCAUCGACAACGACAGUCCGGUUGAGUACUCCGUAAAUGGUUUUCCGACGAUUUACUUCGCACCGUCUGGUAAGAAAGAAAAGCCCAUUAGCUACUCAGGAGAACGAAAGGUUGAAGAUUUCAUAAAUUUUCUCAAGCAGAAUGCUGUAGUGUCCUUUAAGAAAUCAGAGUUAUGAAG